AUGCCCCUCGAGGUGACGGUUUUGUUUGGAGAGACUGGAUCAGGAAAGAGUACACCAUUAGCGCAAUUCCUUGCUGAUUCAGGAAUAGCUGGAAAUGGUUCUAUGAUUUGCACUCAGCCUCGGAAACUCACUGCCAACUCUUUAGCAAGUCGAGUUAGAGAGGAAAGCCAGGGGUGCUACGACGAUAAUUCGAUCACCUGUCAACAGUUUGAUUCAAAGAUAAGUUUUAUCACAGGUCACUGCCUAUUACAGCACUAUAUGGAUUACAAGACUUUGUCCAAGAUUUCAUGCAUCAUAGUCGACGAGGCACAUGAAAGAAGCUUAAACACCGAUCUUAUUUUAGCGUUGAUAAAGAAACUACUUGAUCAGAGGAUUGAUCUGAGGCUUAUUAUUAUGUCUGCCACAGUCGAUGCAAACCAGCUCGCUGAUUACUUCCUUGGUUGUCGAACUUUCCAUGUUGCCGGUAGAACUUUUCCUGUUGAUAUUAAGUAUGUGCCCUGUGAAUCUGAUGGAACCUCUUAUGUCUAUGGUGUUAUCAAAAUGGUGACUGAUAUACAUAGGAGUGAGGGAGAGGGAGCUAUUUUAGCCUUUUUGACAUCUCAGAGUGAAGUUGAGUUUGCUUGUGAGAAGUUUCAAGCAUCUCUGGUUGUUGUUUUACCUUUACCUUUGCAUGGCAAAUUAUCAUAUGAUGAACAAAACAGAGUGUUUCUUCAUUAUCCAGGGAGGAGAAAGGUUAUAUUCACCACAAAUGUUGCUGAGACAUCACUCUCAAUUCCCGGUGUCAAAUAUAUUGUUGAUUCUGGCAUGGUUAAAGAAAGCAGGUUUGAACCUGGCACUGGCAUGAAUACUCUCAGGAUAUGCAGUGUGAGCCAAAGUUCUGCGAACCAAAGAGCUGGUCGUGCACGGAGAACUGAACCUGGAAAAUGCUAUACGCUGUACUCUCAAAGUGAUUUCGAGGGUAUGCCACGUCAUCAGGAACCUGAAAUUCGCAAAGUUCAUCUUGGUCUUGCAGUGAUGAGAAUUCUUGCUUUAGGUAUCAAGAAUGUACAGGAUUUUGAUUUUGUUGAUGCACCUAGCCCCAAAGCUAUUGAGAUGGCCACUCGAAAUCUGGUUCAGCUAGGAGCUGUUACACAAAGAGAAGAUGACGAUACAUAUGAAUUAACUGCACAAGGACUUAAACUGGUCAAGUUGGGUUAUGAACCUCGGUUGGGAAAAAUGAUCCUCAGUUGCUUUGAUCAAUGUUUGAGUAAAGAAGGUGUUGUGCUUGCUGCCGUUACGGCGAAUUGUAGUAGCAUUUUCUGUAGGGUCGGUUCUAAAGGAGACAAGCUAAAGUCUGAUCGCCGUAAGGUGAAAUUCUGCCAUCCGAACGGUGACCUCUUUACUUUACUAUCUGUUUACAGGGAAUGGGAGAUGGUGCCUGGAGACAAAAAGAACAACUGGUGUUGGGAUAAUAGUAUCAAUGCCAAAUCCAUGAAGAGAUGCGAGGAGACUGUACUGGAAAUAGUAGCCUGCCUUAAAAACGAGCUAAAUAUGAUCGUCGCCAGUUACUGGAGCUGGCAUCCUCGAGUGCAUGCCGAGCAUGACGAAGUACUGAAAAACAUAAUUAUUUCUUCACUUGCGGAAAAUGUUGCUAUGUACUCAGGUUAUGAUCAGCUUGGUUACGAGGUUGCGCUAACCGGGAAGUCUGUGGGGCAAUUUGCAGAAUUGCCCUUCUUUUGGGAUGUGGAGUGCAAGUUAGAGAGAAAUGAUAACGGUUCCUAUAUAGUUAAGAUAUCUGCCACUGCCACCAAAGUUGUGGUAGAGACGAGAAGGUCCUUGGAGCAACUUAUGAAAGGAAAGAUUGUAGAUCACGUGGACAUUACUCCGACUAUUGUUCAACUUCUGUUCUCUCGAGAAGGAAGUAACAUUAUGAACAUGAUUCAGAAGGAAACAGGAACUUGUAUUCUCUUUGACAAGCAUAACUUGCUUGUAAGAAUCUUUGGUUCUUCAGACAAUGUUGUAAAUAUGGCUCAGCAGAGAUUUAUUGAUUCCCUUCUGGCAUUACAUGAAAGUAAACAACUUGAAGUGCAUCUUCGUGGACGACUUUUGCCUCCUGACCUGAUGAAAAGAGUUGUUCAGACGUUUGGACCAGAUCUUAGUGCGCUUAAAGAAAAGGUGCCUGGAGCAGAAUUCUCUCUGAACACAAAGCGUCAUUGCAUCUGUAUCAAUGGUACUAAAAACUUGAAGCAAAAAGUUGAGGAAAUAAUCUGCGAAAUUGCUCAAAGAAGUUUUCCAACUCAAACGACGGGAGAUGAGGCGGACUGUCCUGUUUGCUUGUGUGAUUUGGAGGAUCCUUAUAGACUUGAAGCUUGUGUCCAUGCGUUCUGUCGGUCAUGUUUGCUAGAGCAAUGCAAGUCCGCAAUCAAAAGCCGGGAAGGUUUCCCCUUGUGUUGUAUGCAUCAAGGUUGCCGGGAACCCAUUUUGCUCGCUGACUUGAAGUCUCUAUUGUCGAGUGAGAAGUUGGAAGAACUUUUCAGGGCUUCUUUGGGAGCUUUUGUGGCAGCCAGGGGUAGUUAUCGCUUUUGUCCCUCACCAGACUGCCCUUCAGUUUAUUGUGUUGCAGAUUCCAAUAUGGUUGGUUCACCGCCAUUUGUCUGUGGUGCAUGCUACGUGGAGACGUGUACGAGAUGCCACCUGGAGUAUCAUCCGUACUCAUGUGAGACGUACAAGGAGUUCAAAGGCAAUCCGGAUUCCUCUCUAAUGGAAUGGUCCAAGGGGAAAGACAAUGUAAAGAAAUGUCCGGUGUGCAGCUUUACAAUCGAGAAGGUGGAUGGCUGCAAUCAUAUCGAGUGUAGGUGCGGGAAACAUGUUUGCUGGGCUUGUUCGCGGUUCUUCGACAGCAGUGAUAAUUGCUAUGACCAUUUGAGGUCUGUUCACCGCUCCAUUACAUGGGAAAAUAGGGAAUCAUAGUUUAUGUAAGCGCAUUCAUGUAUAUAUUUGUGCUUUUAUGUCUGUACAUAUCUAUGUUUAUAUAGUAGACCCCCUCUUAUGUGUCCCUGCUAUUUGCUCCUGUAUGUAUACACACACAGAGACAUCCAUAUAUUUGUCUGUCUUCAGAACCUUUGAUGUUGCUUGUGAAUAGUUAAAUUGGCCAUAUUACAAUAGUAUAAAGUUUCUGUCUCAUUUGUGGAAUUUGGUUAAUUCUGUUUUUUCCAACAUCAUAGUACUAUAAUAUCAACUGCAAAACAAAGUGUUACUAUGCACAUCUCAUUUGUGUGAGAGAAGGAAAAACAAUUCAGAAUAUUAAUUAAAAAAAAAAAAACAAAAGGGGAAAGAAAAUCAAUCUGUCACAGCUCAAGCCCACGACA